AUGUCCCAAACUGCGCCCGGCAUUUGCCGAAAGAAUGCAAAUCGUAAACAAAAAAUUGUCCAUGCAGUGAGUCGGAAAAAAAAGUCACACGAAGUGUUUUCUCUCGGCUUGGUUACCAUCUGAGUUGCAAAUUGAUUUACCGCAAACACUUUGAAUUACCCAUCGGCGUUGCUGGUUUUGAAUUUCAUUAUCGAUUAAAGUUUCCAUUGUUCAUCGAGUUGCUAUUCAGCCUGUCAAAGGUCAGCUGUUUCUCUGUUUUGAAAAGGUUUAGAUCAAUACUGCGGCCAUUUUUUUGUUAUUACUCAUUCGUUUUAGCAAGGAUAAUGUAAGAACAGUUGUAAAAAGGGGUUUGCUGAAUCUCGGGUUGAUCAAUAUAAUUUAGACGGUAUUUCGAAAGUGUGGUCUGCUUGUUUCGUGCAUUUGCUCUUACUCAUCUCCUUUCUAAUCUUGAUUCUCACUUUAGAUGGAGGAAGUUAAACCAAAAGAAGAGGUGGUCGUAUCCGAUCCGGAGAUGGAUGAUGAUGAUGUUGGAAGUGACUUCAGUGUUCUUGACGAGCGUGAUGAGAAUCUCGAGCCGGAGAGGGAGGAUGUGGACUACAGAGACCUCACUUCUCACACGGUCUCCGAAUACCAUAUGAGUGAAGACGGUUCGGUCAAGGCUGGAGCCGAAGCGCUCAUCAAGUCAGAUCCUUUCCCACUUCCUCAGUUUCUCAGUACGUUCGUUUCUAUCUUGUAUCUGUUGUGUUUAGGUUCCCUUAAUUAUCCGUUUUAUUUUAGCCUUGAGUCAAUUCGUCAACGAGAAUUCAACGGAACAAGCCAUGAAGAGAUUGUUGGAAGAGUACAAAGUCAAUCAGACUGUCCUUGAUCAGGUUCUCAACACUGUUAUGGAGAUUAAGACUGCGAAAAAGGUCGAGAAUGAAGAAGAGGUGAGUUGAAGAAUACUUAUCAAAGUUCUGUUUAGAUGCAAUGUCUCAAAGAACAGAAUGAAGAUCUCAAGAAGUUGGUUCAGCAAAAGGAAGAGAAAGUCAACGAGCUUGAAGCUUUGGUUGCCGAUCAUGUCAAGAACUCGACCUCUACCUUGGCCACUUUAACCACCCACAUGGACAAGUUUAAUUCGUUGGCUGAAAGUCUUCAUUCGUUGAAGAUGUCUGGUAGUGGCUCUCAAAUCGAAGCUCCGGAGAGUUUGAAUUCUCUGAAUCUUCCAUCUGCUCCUCCAUUUGACAGUUCCACAUCCACGAAUCCCUAUCAACAUGCCCAAGAACAACUGAGAAGACUUGAAGAACUGGAUGAUAUCAAAUCCAUGAAUAGUUCCAUGCUCUCGACUCAGACUGCUCAAGGAUUCGAGCCUAAUGAUCUGCAGAAUGAAAGAGAUGAGUUGGCCAGAUAUUACGAAGAGCAAUGCAGUCUUAAUGUUGAGUUGAAGAAGAUGCUCGAUCUGAAAGUGGAGGAAAUCUCCGAACUCAAAAGGCAAUUGAGAAAGAAGGAAGAGGAGGUGGAGACUCAGAAGACCAUUGUCAGAGUCUUGGAGGAAGAAAGGAAUGAUCAGCAAGUGGAUAUUGACCCAAUGGUGGUCGAUUAUCAGAACCAAAUCAAGAGUUUGGAGACGGUCCUUCAAGAUUAUCAUGAUCGCAAUGAGGUCAAUUUUGUUUAAAUGUUCGUUUUGUUCUCGCACUUGUCUAACAGCCAUUCAUAACACCCUAACAAAGUCUGUUUCCUCCUCUCCCUCCUCAUUUAUGUUAUGAUUUCAGACCAAGACCCCACGUCGUCGUCGACACCAUCCUUGUUUCCGUCCUAUUACUCGUCAACCCGUUAGCUCCAAUGGUAAUCCCUCGUCAAAUUUCUUUGCCCAAAUCGAUCAGUCAAUCGCCCAAUCCUUGAGCAAAGUCAACGAACAUCUGGAUCGCGUCCGUGCCCAACAUCUCAACCGAAUCAACAACACCCAGAUGUUCGUUUGCCAAUGCAUGCACGCCUUUCCCAGUCAUGGACAACUAGUCGCUCAUAGGGCCUCCUGUCCCAACAAUCUUGAUUAA